GUUUCUCUCGCCUUUCCCGGAGAGUCUGUAGCCUUCCUUCUUUAUUGAACAGCGGCAGACCAAGGAAGGAAGCACCGCCCAUCCAACCAGCGAGCGUCCAAUCCUUCCGCCACACCGGUACUCUCCUUUCCCCCGCCUCUCUCUCCCACACAUCGCCUCGCGUCGUCCGCUGUCGCUGGCCACGAUGAUGCGAGCCGUGUGCGUCGCGCUUCUGUUCUGUGCCGUCGCUUUCGCCGAGCCUGAGAAGAAGGCGCCGGCGCCCCCUCCCGAGCCGAAGCAUGAGCCGGCUCCCACCUACGACAAGAAGGGCGACUUUAUGGCCUAUGACAAGAAGGAUGAGGGCAAGAAGGAGUGGCAGACCAUCGAGCAGGAGCCCGUGUACGAGUGCCCGCACGGCUCCACACCCACCAAGGACAAGGGCUGCGUGACCACCAAGGAGGUCAAGGCCAAGAUCUCCUGCCCUCACGGCUAUGACAAGGACGGCCACAAGUGCACCAAGAAGGACUCUGUCGCCCCUUAUGAGGUCUGCGACAACGGCGCCAAGGCACACAACGGCAAGUGCAAGCUCGUCGAGCACGUAAGUGUCAUCAGAGCAUCUGAUGUAUAGCUAUGACGGGAGCGAUGCGGGUGGGGGGACGGACGGGGAGAGGGCAAUCAUCUGGGCGUGCGUGUCUGCUCGUUCGGUGCAGGUUGCUGCUUCGGCCAAGUGCCCCAAGCACUACAAGAUGCACGGUAGGUCCAUCCAUCCAUCCAAAGGCACACGUCUCUCUGCGUGCCAUCAUCGUGACGACACACGUGUAUGUGUGUCUUGUGUGUGUCGUCGUUCAGGCCAUGUGUGCAUCCCCGAGAAGGGCGAGGAGCCCGCCAAGCACGUCUGCAAGGGCGGCUACCGGAUGGAGAAGGGCCAUUGCGUCAAGACCGUCGAGACCAAGCCGGUUUGUUCAGCUUAGCGAGCGAUGCCUCACACACCCACACAAAGACACUCACCCACGUGACGUUGUUUGACUGCCUGCUUGUGCAUCCAUCGAUCAGACUUACACGUGCCCGAAGGGUCACACGCUGCACGGCAAGAACUGCCAGUCGACUCACCACGUGGCCCCUGUGUGCAAGAAGGGCUACACGCCGUCCAAGAACGGCUGCGUGAAGGCCGUCGACCAUGGCGCGCCUCACACCAGUUGCCCACAUGGAUACAAGCUCGACAACAAGGGCGGCAAGCACGGCGCCACCUGCGUCAAGGAGAAGCACGUCGAUGUGAGUGCCUCAAGACAGAUGGACAGACGAGAACGCCCUUAUCUGUGCUCAUGUAUCGUGUGUGUGUGUUUGUGUGGUGUGUCGCUAAUCUGCCAGGCUGAUGAGAUCUGCGAGCACGGCACCAAGAAGGGUGGCAAGUGCAUCACCCACGAGACCGCACCCAUGCAAUACGGUGCGUCACGCAGCCACCACCAGCCACACACACACACACACACACCCCACCGACAGAACAUUCCGCUGUCUGUCGUUUGUCUGUCCGCGUCGACCAUCAAUCAGAGUGCAAGAAGGGCUACCACAUGCAGGGCCACAAGUGCGUCAAGGUCCUCGAGGACAAGCCCGACAAGAGGUGCCCGCACGGAUACAAGCCGUAAGCGACAUACCCACCCACGAAGAAUCAAGCACAGCGCACACACCUGAACACAUUGAUGUGUGUCUGAUGUGUUGCGGCUGGCUGGCUUUGUGUGUGCAGUGUGAAGAGCAGCGGCAAGGGCAAGGAGGGCCACUCACACGAGUGCAUCAAGGAGAAGGGCGACAAGAAGCCCCACGAGGUCUGCCCCAAGGGCACCGUCCUCAAGGGACACAAGUGCGUCUCCCAGCACGUCAAACCCGCCGGUAUGCUCACACACACACACACACACUCCUACCUAAGCGGAGAGUUGAUGAUCUUUUUGUUGUGCGGUUGCUCACUCGCUCAGAGUACAAGUGCAAGAAGGGUCACCUGGUUAACGGCAAGUGCGUGAGCCACUCUGAGCACAAGAAGGCCCUCACCUGCGAGCACGGCUACGUCCUGAGGAACGGCGUCUGCGUCCUCCACAAGAGCGAAAAGGCCGUCGAGGUCAGUCAGUUCAGCUACCAGACAGGAACAGGGGCCCCUGUCCAUCUUGACUGACUCAAACGCUCCUGCCUGUCUGUGUCUGCAGACCUGCCCGCACGGGCAGGAGCUCAAGGGCCACAAGUGCGUGAGCAAGGUGGCCACCAAGCCCACCAUCGUCAAGAAGGAAAUGAAGACCAAGGGACCCCAGAUGACCUGCCCCAAGGUACACUCAUCUAGAUGCAUCAACAGACGCAACAGAGGCAACACACACGAACGAUACACACAAACGUUUGAUGCACACUCCAUCCCAUCCUGCUGGUGUCCUUCCUGCCCUUCCUCGACUGUGUGUGGUGUGCAGGGCUACAAGAUGUCCAAGAAGGAGGGCAAGCACGGAGCGACCUGCAUCAAGGAGAAGGUUGAGCACGCCUCUCCCUCGUGCCCCAAGGGCUACACGCUAAAGGGCCACAAGUGCUGGACCGAGCACGUCGUUCCCGCCACCAGCAAGUGCGACGGCACCACCACCAAGGACGGCAAGUGCGUCAAGUACCAGCCCACCAAGUCUGUCCCCAAGUGCGAGAAGGGAUACUCCCUCAAGGUACUUUCUCUCACCUAGGACACGAGGGAUGAGAGAGAGGUGCUAAUAUGCGGAGUGUGUGUGUGUCUGUGUAUGCCAUCAGGGCCACCGUUGCAUCAAGAAGAUCCAGGUUGAGGUGCCGGCCGUGCCGGUCCACAAGAAGGCCCCCCGCCACGACAAGAAGGAGUCCAAAGAGACACCUGUCUACCACGAGCACCACGAGCCAGCACCGUCCAAGAAGAUCUAAACCUGGACCACUCCUAGCCUAGCCUAGCUAGCCUCUCUUCCCCUCUCUCUCCCUCUCUCUCCCUUGUCGUCACGUGUGUGUUGUGUGUAUCGAUUCAUGAGAUGGUCUUUGUG